AUGGUUGAAUUUAAAGGACCUGGUUACACGAGUAGUUAUAACAAUAUUUUCAUUAUCAUUCCAGCUAUUAUUAUUGUUGCUCUUGUUGGUUUUGUUGCUUAUCGUUUGGUUGAUAGUUUAAUGUCUAAAAAACGGCAAAAAUUGGAAAAAGCACGAUUAAGACAACAAAAAAAAGUUGAUCGACAAGCAUCACCUCAACCAUCACCUGGAAAAAACAAGCGCAAAUGA